AGGGUGUUUACGGUAAACCAUGGGGGGCGGGGCCUCGGUGUAACCAGGAAGUGGUGUGCGCCGCUUCGUGUUUACACAUGUUCUCGAUCUCACGUGGAGACUUUCACCGUGAAAAUGUCCUCAAAGAAAAACAAGAGCAAAUCGAAGAAGACGGGUGAAGGAGACAGCUCUUGUCCCCUGAGCUCGAGCGACUCGUCCAGCCUGCAGACACCGGGACACGAGACAGGAAGCUGCACGAGCAGCUUCACUGUCAUCGAUUUCAUUGACAAAGCUGAUGACAAAACACCCAAAACCUGCAGAUCAUCUUUGGCCCAGCUGAGCCUCAAUUCACUGAAGUUGACCGGUGUUUGCAUCGGGAGGCCGGUUCUUCUGACGGCUCCCACCGGACAACAAGAGGUGUGUGUGGGAUGGCCCGCCGCAACGUUUCCAGGUGGAAAAGUUGGUCUUCAGAAAUGUGCUCAGACGAACCUGGGAGUGAAGUCAGGCGACGCGGUGACGCUGCAGCCGAUCACAGGGGCUGUGCUUCAAGCUGAAGAGGUGGUUUUAACCAACAGGUCCAAAGACAACACACCAGAGACCGAUGAGUUCAAGAACUUCCUCCUGAGAUCUUUGGUUGGGAACAUCGUUCUGCCAGGAAAUGUCCUCUCCCUCUCCUACUUUGGCCGCUCAUGCAGUCUCCGGGUCGAAUCCAUCAGAGGAGAGGAUGGCGCCACCCUCCAGAGACCGGCUCGUCCUCCUGAACCAGGUCUGGACGCUGAGGAGUCGUCUGUGAUCACCUCUGUUCUGGACUCCACGUCAGCCGACCUCUCCCUGCAGCUCAGCAUGCUCACAGUGGAGGAUAACAUUGCCAAGGGGGCACCGGGCACGCCUGGAGAGCCUGGUCCUACAUCCAGCACCCCACGCCGACCCAUCCCACUCUCUUCCUUCUCCUCACCUCCUGCUCCCUGCAGUCCCUCCUACAACUCCCAGAAUCCUCCUGCAGGGUCAGGAGACAACGCUGUCUGUCUGGAGAGCUCACUGGAACCAGAGCAGACAGGGAAAAUCCCCACAGCUCCCCCUGGUGGUGCGCUGAACACUGACACCUUCUACUCGCUCUCCUGCUCCACUAAAGUCAGUUUCAGACAGAGAGCAGGACGGGAGGAUCCAGAUGCAGAAGCGAAGAGGUCAAGGGUCACAUACAGCAUGAUUGGUGGGCUCAGCAGCCAGAUGGAUGUCAUCAGAGAGACCAUCGAGCUUCCUCUCAAACACCCUGAGCUCUUCAGGAACUACGGGAUCCCGCCCCCCAGAGGAGUUCUUCUGUAUGGCCCCCCAGGCACGGGGAAGACUAUGAUUGGACGAGCCAUAGCCAAUGAGGUGGGAGCUCACAUGACGGUGAUCAACGGCCCAGAGAUCAUGAGCAAAUUCUACGGUGAGACAGAAGCGAGGUUGAGGCAGAUAUUUACUGAAGCAUCUCAGAGACAACCUGCGAUCAUCUUCAUCGACGAGCUGGACGCUUUGUGCCCAAAGCGAGAGGGAGCGCAGAACGAGGUGGAGAAACGAGUCGUUGCAUCUCUCCUGACUCUGAUGGACGGGAUCGGCUCAGAGGGUCACUCAGGUCAGCUGUUGGUCCUGGGGGCCACAAACCGGCCCCAUGCCCUCGACCCUGCCCUGCGGAGGCCAGGACGCUUUGACAAGGAGCUGGAGGUCGGAGUUCCUGCUGCAGCAGAGCGUGCAGAUAUUUUGCAGAAGCAGCUGAGUUCCGUGCCGUGCAGCGCCACCACAGAGGAGCUGAUACAGCUGGCAGAUGCCGCUCAUGGAUACGUAGGCGCAGACCUCGCAGCUGUUUGCAAGGAAGCAGGCGAGUAAACACUGUCCUACUGU